GCGGUCCUGGCCAGCGCCGCCAUUUUUGCAAAGGGAGAAGAGACAGGUUUCAGGGCAUCUAAUUUUUUAAAAGUCGCCGUUAACUGGGGCUCGGGCUUUAACGGUUUGGACAGGUCGUUUUCCGUGUACCAAGAGGCGGUGGAUUUUUCCGAAGGAGGGAGUCGAGACUCUGAGAGACACGUUUAAAUACACACAUUUUAAAGCUUUGCCCGGGGAUCCGCAGUGUGUGGACUCGAGUAUUGUUUUGGUUGUGGAAGCUGCGACGGGGGUCUCACCCAGCUCCCUUUACUGGCUAUUCGAGUCCUCCAGAGUGGACUUAAAACGGCCUUGUGGAUGCACUUAGAUGUCUGCAAUGACUGCUGUGGCUGGCAUGCCUCAGUGUUUUGGACUCCCUUUCUCUGGACUCAGUAGGACAACAAAAACUGAUCAGCAGAGAACGUCAUGAGCAUAGUCAUCCCAGUAGGGGUGGACACAUCUGACACCUCAUACCUGGACAUGGCUGCAGGCUCAGACAGACCAGAAUCGGUGGAGGCCAGCCCGGUGGUGGUGGAAAAGUCCAGCUACCCGCACCAGAUUUACAGCAGCAGUUCCCACCAUUCCCACAGUUACAUUGGCCUGCCGUAUGCUGACCAUAAUUAUGGGGCGAGGCCCCCGCCUACGCCGCCGGCCUCCCCGCCACCUUCCAUGUUGAUCCGACAAGGAGAGGGGGGGCUGUUUGUUCCAGGAGGGCAGGACGAGGCGUCCAGGGGCACCACACUCAGCACAUCAGAAGAUGGCAGCUACGGGGCUGACAUCACCCGUUGCAUCUGUGGCUUCACCCACGACGAUGGCUACAUGAUCUGUUGUGACAAGUGCAGUGCCUGGCAGCACAUAGACUGCAUGGGCAUCGACAGGCAGAACAUUCCUGAGACCUACUUGUGUGAACGCUGCCAACCACGACCUCUGGACAGAGAGAAGGCCAUUCUGCUGCAGACCAAGAAAAGAGAGUGCUUAUCUGAUGGAGACACCAGUGCUACAGAGAGUGGAGAUGAGGUUCCGCUUGAGCUUUACUCGACCUUCCAACACACGCCUACCACAAUCACCCUGACAACAGGGCGUCUUGGCCACAAGCAGGCUGAUAAAAAGCGUAAAAAAAGUGGAGAAAAGGAGCCUUCAGCAUCUGCUGCCCGUGCAAAAAAGGCCUUCAGAGAGGGAUCCAGAAAAUCCUCCAGGGUAAAGGGGGCAGCUCCAGAGGUGGAGCCAGCAGAACACCUCUCUCUGUGGGAGAAUAAGAUCAAGGUGUGGAUGGAGCGUUAUGAGGAGGCCAGCAGCAACCAGUACAGUGAGGACGUUCAAGUCCUGUUGCGUGUUAAAGAACAGGGCGAUGGCAAAAGUUUGGCAUACAACACGCACCCAGCCUCCUUCAAGCCCCCAGUAGAGAGUCAAGUUCAAAAGAACAAGAAAAUCCUCAAGGCUGUGCGAGACCUGCCCCCCGACUCCCUCAUCAUAGAGUACAGGGGAAAGUUCAUGCUUCGACAGCAGUUUGAGGCCAACGGAUACUUCUUCAAGAGGCCAUACCCUUUUGUGUUAUUUUAUUCUAAAUUCGAUGGACUCGAGAUGUGUGUCGACGCUCGUAGCUUUGGUAACGAAGCACGUUUCAUCCGCCGUUCCUGCACCCCCAAUUCAGAAGUACGGCAUGUCAUUGAGGAUGGCAUGCUGCAUUUAUACAUCUACUCGCUGAGGCCUAUCAGCAAGGGCACGGAAAUCACAAUAGGUUUCGAUUUUGACUAUGGCUGCUGUAAAUACAAGGUGGACUGUGCCUGCGUGAAAGGUAACCAGGAGUGCCCGGUGCUGAAGCACAACCAGGAACCCAUUGAGAACAUGGGUUCGGGAGGCAGACGCAGGCUUAGUCGCAAGGACAAGGAGUCGGGACGGGAUGACCUGGGCCAGAACCAGAAUAUGGUUUUUGAUGUCGACGGGAAGAGCAAAAACAUAGGCGAUGGCAAGCAGCGAAAACUCUCUCCUCUUCGCCUCUCCAUCUCAAACAACCAGGAUCCUGAGUUAUUUGAGGAUCUAGAAGACAGAACAUCCGUUAGCAAUGAAGUAGAGAUGGAGUCAGAGGAGCAGAUUGCAGAGAGAAAGAGGAAGAUGGCCAACCCAGCGGAGCAGUCCCAUCUCCCUGUCGGGGCGGCUUCAAGCUGGAGGGGACUGAAACCCAAGGAGACGCGGGAGGAGAGGAAGAUGGAGGCCAUCCUACAAGCCUUUGCCCGAAUGGAGAAGAGAGAGAAACGCAGGGAGCAGGCCCUCGAGAGAAUUGGCAGCGUAAAAACAGAAGUUGGGCUUCGCAGUGAUGUUAAGGAGGAGCCUCCUCCAACUCCGGAGAUGGCAGAUUCUCCAGCUCUCAUGCAGCCACUUCUGGAAGUAAAGGAGGAGCCGGGACUGAAGCCAGCGAAGGUAAAACAGUCACGGAACAGGAAAAGUUUCUCGAGGAACCGUACUCACAUCGGCCAGCAGCGUCGCCGAGCUCGCACCAUCAGCACCUGCUCUGACCUGGCACCAAGCUCUCCAGCCGAGAUGGUGGAACCUCUCCUCAGUGAACCUCCUGAAGGAGAGAUACUCGCAGCACCAGAACCAGAGGCCAUCUUGUCACAAGCCCCAGACAGCAGCCCUCCACACAGCAGCUCCCCUGCUCCUGACCGAAACCGAACAGGGUGCAAGAACUUCAAAACUAAAAAGCACUUUGUCAGCGAGUGGGUGGGAGAGAGACAACAAGACCGGGCUGCAGUACGGACGCCGGAGCCGGCCCCAGAGAGGCCCCUGAGAAUAAGCAGUGACCCUGAAGUGCUUGCCACUCAGCUCAACGCCUUACCAGGCAUGGCCUGCUCUCCGCAGAUCUACAGCACGCCCAAACACUACGUCCGCUUCUCAUCCCCGUUCCUGGCAAGUCGCAGCCCCGCCACCCCCGGUGUCCCUACCGGGAGACGGCGUUCCCGAGAACUACCAGAAACGCCACCGACCACUGGUUCCUGCAAGAAGCGAUGGUUGAAGCAGGCUCUAGAGGAGGAGGGUUCCACCAGCCCAGCCAGACGACCGAGCCUUCACAUGGCCAGCGAUGGCCCUCUCAGUCCCUCCAUAAAUGGUGACUCUGACAGCCCUCUACCCUAUAAUGGCACCUGCUCACUGCCAGAGUUGCCCACUCCUUUGAAAAAGCGACGGUUGAGCCCGUUAGACGCCUGUAUGUCCGAGAGCUCGACGCCAUACGGUUCCCCCUGUGCAACACCCACCCGAGCAGACCAGUCCGAGACCACCACGCCUAUUUUACUGACCACCCCACCACGUCCCCGCACAGAAGAGCCCAGUGCAGAGCCUGUGCCCAGUACUCCAACACAUACACUUAAUCCCCUUCAGGAGAGUGAGUCUUCUGUGGAGAGCUCACCAGAGGUCAGCCGUAAACCUUGUGUGCAAGAGGCCGAUCGUCCCCCUUCGCUGGUCUCCUCUCCCUGCAUCAGGGCCACCAGCUCAGACGGACUGACAACAGAAGUCAAGAUGUCGGUUCCAGAGAGUCCACAACCACCGGCUGCUGAGUCAGUGGACCUUGCAGAGGACAGGACAGACGGUGGUGUGACGGAGGGCACAAGUGAAGCCUCCUCAUCCACAGAAAUGUGCGGUUCCUCUUUUUCUGGCUGGAUCAAAAGCCCAGACAGGGGCCCGACUGGACCAGCUGGUCUGAACUUCUCUCCAGUCAACUCAAAUUUAAGGGACCUCACUCCCUCCCACACCCUGGAACCUCUGGCAGCUCCGUUUAGACCCGAGGCUGCAGCUGGGGCUGCGGCGGGGCCGGGGCCCCUGGCUGGCUCUCAGCCCCCCUUUAGUGAAGCUCAAGGACAACUUUUUUACCCUUGCUCUGACGAAGGCAGUUCACUCGGCUUCGCACGUUCGCUGAACGGGGACGGUACUAGUGAAGGAGGGUCGGCGCAGAACCCGCCACAAAAGAAAAAGGUUUCGCUGCUCGAGUACCGGAAGCGUCAGCGCGAAGCUCGGCGCAGCGGCUCCAAGACCGAGUGCAGCUCCCCGGUUUCCACAGUGCCGCCUCUGACUGUGGAGGCCUUCCCCGUCGCCCUAGAGCCCCCCUGUGAGCCUCCUCUGCCUCCCGCUCCCCCAGCUCCCUGCAACACCGCCACCACUGUAAAAGAGCCUCCCACAAGUGAGGAGCCGGAGAUCGCUGGAGAGAAAAGAGAGAAGGAAGGGGGAGAUGGACAGUGGAUUUCAUCAACGUCUGUGGAGCAGGCCAGAGAACGCAGCUAUCACAGAGCUCUGCUGCUCAGCAAGGAUAAAGACACAGAUGGUGAAACAGAAGGUGGUGAUACACCUGCACUCAGAGAGUGUGCAUCUCCAAGUCUUCAAAAGACCCCAACUCACACACCCUGCUCUCCCGGCGCCGUCUCCCAGCCUUCCAGUCGACCCGCGAAGGAAGAAGACGGCGACGGUCAGCCUUGGACACCAAAUACGGCCAGCCAGCUGCCAAGCAAGCCUGCAGGCCCUAAACCGGCCCCCCUGACCCCCACCAAGCUGCACCCCGCCCCGCUGCCCUCCUCCCCCGUGCACUACCCGGGACCCUCCCUCCUGCACUCCCCCAAGCCUCAGCCGGCGGGCUCGCCCUUCCGCAGCCAGAGGGCGCUGUUCCCCGGCCAGCCUCAGAACCAGCCGCAGACCCCGGCCCAGACGGGCCCCGGUCCGUUCCCUCAGUACAACACGCAGAGUGCCCCCCCGCCGCCCCCCCCUCCGCCACCAGCACCUCCCGUCUCCACCGCCUAUUUCCCCAGCCAGAGUCCUGCAGCUUCCGGACCUUUCCCCGGGUUCAAGCCUGCGGGGACGACCCCCUACCCCCCCGGCUCCCAGUCCCUGAUGCAGACUCUUCCUCACAGCGUGCACUAUCAAAGCUCCUCGGCUCCACCCCCGCCCCCGCCUCCUCCCCCUCCACACCCCAUCCCCGGUCCCACCUUGCUGCACGUCAACCUGCAGCCUCCUCCCAUCCAGCAGCACCAGCUCCUGCUCUCCACCGCCCCCCCGCCGCCGCCCCCCCUGCAGGGCCAGACCUCCCAGCAGCAGCAGGCUCCCUCCGGCAACACUCUCCUGUCUCUCACCCCCCCACCGCCGCCUCCUCCGCCUCCCCCGGCCCCCUCCUCCAGCGCCGAUGCAGCCCCACCACUAUCAGAACUUGGCGGGGUUUCAGCCGUCGUUGCUGCACCCCGGUGCCGCCACAAACCCAUCAGUGCCCCCAUCCACGUACCCCCCGCCCCUUCAGCAGACAGGACUGCCCCCGCCUCCCCCUCCUCCCCCCCAACAGACUCAACCAGGCCAACCCCAGGCCACUGCCUCCCAGAUGCCUUCUGGGACUCGAGGAGGCCCCGCGGCCACCGCCCCCUUCCACAGCUCGGGGUACUUGAGCUCGGGCUGGCACUGACCGCCUUCCCCCGACGCAACGGCCCCCGAGAACUCUGCCUGAGAGGGGCAUGUACCAUAAGAUAUGUAGAUAUGUUUUCUAUGUACCUGAACUCAUGGCCAGUGGAAAAACAACUGAUUGUGGGAUAAAAGGGUACUUUAAAAGGAAAAAAAUUAAAACAAGGACAGGAAAAUUUUAUGAGAAAGGACAGUGAGAUAAUCUUCAAGACAAACUGUAUGGAAAAUGAAGAUGGACUAUCCCCCAGGUGCUCAUAGCCCCCCCCUUUUUUUUGUUUAGUUUAUUUUUUUUUGUUCUUUUUUUAUACAAAUCUCUCUGCAACAGAGAGAAAAAGCUCUGUUCUAUCUUGUUUGGGAUACUGUUGUUAAGCCCUGCACUUUGGUUGUCGUUUGGACAUUCCAGCCUACACCUUCUUCUUUCUCCUUUUGUCAGUUAUUCCUUACACUUCCUCUUCUCUCUCUCAUCGGUUGUCCGCUCUACACCGUUUGUUUUAAACUAGUGGCUCAGUAUAGCAAAGAGACAGCUUUUUGUAUAGAGAAAAAAACAUAAUUAUUUUUUUUAUUCCUCUAACAAUAAAUAUCUGAUCACCGCUGCAGAUUCAGGAAAGACCCAUUUUGGGGAGCCUGCUUCACUUCCACAGGAGGCUGCACUCAUGUAUGUGUGUGUGUACGUGUGUGGAGCGUGUGUGUAAAUGUGUUGCGGUGUGUAUGGCUGUUUUAAAAGAGCAAUGUGUGUGUGUGAGAGAGAGGUUUUGUAACGAGUGCUUGUAGUCUUCUGUGGUAGGCAGAGUGGUCUCACCUACAAGUAGGACGUUAGCGGUUUAUUUUUGAAUAUCAAUGGUUAUUUGUAGAAAGUGUAAUUUAAUGUAUAGGUGGUUACUUCAGCUUUCACCAGAAACCGGUUGUAAAUAUUGGCUUCUUUUCUUUUCUAUGCUUGUACAUUUUGCUCCCAUCCCAUUUUGAAAUAUGGUUGUAAAUAUGAACACUCUUCUUGGCAAAGCUGAAUGUUUCUGUAACUGUAGCAUUAUUUUUAUUUUAUUUUUUCCCUAUCCAACUCUUCAACUUUGUCUUUUUUUAUUAUUUGUGUGUGUGAGUGUAUGUUUGUGCGGAGGGGAGAGACUCACAGACACUGCACUGGUUGGCUAUUUUCAUGGUUCAUUAUAAUAAAUCACUGUAUUGACAGUUUUA